AUGACAUCAACAACAGGAGCAGUCAGCAAAAAACAAAAAGUUUUCAUCAAUCACAUUAAUAUAAUUUUUGCUCGCAGCACAAAAACAUUCAUGGGAGAUUUUGAAAAGAAUUUAUCAAAACUUUCACCUACUGAAUUUCAAGCGUAUGGAAUGAAAUAUGCAACCCAAUUUGAAUAUCGCGUGGAGUUAGCUUGUCGAGUAGCGUCGAAUUUUAAAGCUCAACAUCUCGUUAUUCUGGAUGAUGUUGCAUUAACAGUAUCGAAAUCCGAGCGAGCAACCAGUUUUUUUGCUGUUCAGGGCUGUGAUAGAUCUUUAUUGCCAGCUCUUUGGCUUGCCACGGGUUUCGAACAAGGUGUGACAAUUGUUACUUAUGCACCAGCCAAUCCAAUUGAAUUACGCGAAUUUCUUAAAAUUAAACAGAACUUUGAACAACGUUUAGACAGGCCUAUUCCAAUGCGCAUCAUCUAUCAAGGCCGAGAUAUUCUUUCUCUACAGCAGCAAGACCCAAGAGAAUAUACGCGUCUUUGUAAACAAUGUCAUGGCUCUCUACCACCAUUUACCGAUGACUUUCAUAUUCAAGAACUCAAACGGCACUUCGAUUUAAUAACACAAGGUGCAACACGUUCGCUUGUCUUUCCCUUUGAAACAAUGGAAAUUCACCGACAAGAAUUAGCUGCUUAUACUAAUAUAGUUCUACCAGAUUUGCCAACCAUUGACAAAGCCAAACAUAAUUUUCUCCUGCGUAAGCAUGGAUUUAAUGAUUUACCUCAUUUACUUAUGGUUUUCAUAGACGGAUCAGUGAUCGAUGAGUACGAAGCCUACAUUGCAGCGAUGGCACGUCUAUCAUCUACAAACACAUCACAUAAUCCAGAAAAUGUGGCACGCUUCUCGCAAUCGAUUGUAUCGGCAAUUGAUCGCUUGCAUUUUGAGUUUCAUUAUGAAAAAGUCUUUCUUAAAUUAGACGCCAUAGGAGCUGGAGGUUGGUCUUGUGUUUCACCCAGUGAAAAUGCUCUUCUUUAUGAUUGGACACAAACUGUUGAAGUACGCGUUGCUUAUUUAAUUCGAUACAUAGAAAAGAAUGUGCUUGAAGAACAUUUACCAUCGCACGCUGUUGUUGAAGAAUUUAUCGAAGCACAAAAGAGACCAGGCGACAUAGAUGCUGACUAUACAGUGUGUGGCUUUGUACUCGAUUCAAUCUUCUAUCCAACUUCAAUUAAUCUAUGUGGAACUGAUUCACGCGGUCAAUAUAUUGAACAAUGGACAGCACCAAAAGCUAGUCAAAUGGAUGAUUCACCCACUAUUUGGCAAAAUAUGUUUGAAAUAUAUGCACGCAUGGUUGCUAUUGAAGCUGAACCGUUUUCAUACAAGAAUGGUAUCUAUGCUGGUGAUAUAUUUCUUACUGUUAACAAUGAAUAUAAGCAACGCGAUUGGAAUAUUCGUCGUGGUGGACGGAGUUCACCUGAAACUUUCAUUAUGUUAGGCGAACCAAAUUACGAAGCCAAAGUUAAUAUAUCUAUUCCUACAGAAUUAACUUGUGAGAAACUUUUUGAUCUUUAUACACAUGUUUGUGAUCGACUUGCACAAGCCCCUUAUCAUAUGUAUCCAUUUUCGACUGCUUAUUGUUAUUUUUGUAAAUCUGCAGUGCCUAAUUUUAUUCGACUUAAUCUUUUGAUUCAUCCAAAAGUACUUCUCCAUAAUGAUGAUAAUACAAAAUUGCCAAAAAAUAAAAGUAGACAAAAAGUUUAUGAUAUUGUUAAACAAAUCAUUGACGAUGAGUUAUUGAACAAUGCAAAGACGAAUGGCUUUUAUUCUUGA